AUGUCACAGUCGUCGACAAUAUGUACCACAUUGGUAUUAUUCUUGUUUUGUAGCUUUGUAUCAACUGCUCCAAUAAUUUCUUCACAAAUGCCACAUCAAAUGACGAAUAAGAUUGAAAAAUCUUGGACAGACGAGCGUCUUUGCGUUUUGAAAAUGGGAUCAUCUUGUCCGAGCGGAUUUAAAGAAGAUCAACUGAGGCUAUCGGUCCAGUCAUACGUGAACCCUGAGGACACUGCAAAAAACGGGGACAAGCUGAUCAUAGAAGGUCAAGGCGGAGAAACAUCUUUGCAACGGAAUAAUUAUGAUUCUCUGUAUAUUCUAACGAUUACUACAUGCUGCAAAUAG